GAGACGUAGAAAACGAAGCGGUUCAGUCAGUGGUUAAGCGCCACACUAAAAACACACGUAAGCAGCAGAAUGAAAACAAAGAUUGAAUUAGCCCUCGUGGCACUCCUGGCACUCUCUCAGAGUACCUGGGUGUACAGCGAGGAGGCAUCUGCCUCGAAGAAGAUGGAUGAAUCAUCGGUGGAGGGUGAAUCAGUGAAGAAAACAGAAAAACGUGGACUAGGCCACAGUUAUGGAGACCUGGGUGGUGGAUUUGGGGGUGGUUAUGAGUCGCAUGGUCACGAGGAGCACGUCAAAACGGUGACAAUUGAGAAGAAAAUACCAGUGCCAGUUGAAGUAACGAAGCACGUACCUUAUCUGGUUGAGAAACAUGUGCCGUACGAGGUAAAAGUUGGUGUACCACAGCCUUACACAGUGGAGAAGCACGUGCCCUAUCCAGUUAAGGUAUUUGUCAAAGUACCAGUCCACGUCCCCCAGCCUUACACCGUUGAGAAGAAAGUACCGUAUGAAGUUAAAGUACCGGUUGACAGGCCGUACGAGGUGAAGGUUCACGUACCACAGCCUUACGUUGUUGAAAAGCACGUACCAGUACCGGUUAAAGUACCCGUUCCCCAGCCUUACACUGUUGAAAAGCACGUGCCUUAUCCAGUCAAAGUGAAGAUACCUGUACCAGCGCCGUAUCCUGUUGAGAAGCCAGUGCCUUACGAAGUCAAGGUACCAGUUGACAGGCCAUAUCCAGUGCAUGUACCAAAACCAUAUCCAGUUACUGUUGAAAAACCGUAUCCUGUACCUGUUGACAAACCGGUGCCUUACGAGGUCAAAGUACCUGUUGACAGGCCGUAUCCUGUACCGGUUGAGAAACCAUAUCCAGUACCUGUUAAAGUACCUGUACCACAGCCCUAUACUGUCCACAAGCAUGUACCAGUACCCGUUGAAAAACCAGUGCCGGUACCUGUUAAAGUACCUGUUGAUAAGCCGUACUUUAUCGAGAAGGAAGUACCGGUGCCGGUUGAAAAGGAGGUACCUGUUCCCGUUAAAGUACCGUAUCCUGUACCUGUUCAUGUGCAUCAUGAAGAGCAUCAUGGACACUACGGUGGUGAGCAGCACGGUGAUUUUGGUGGUGGUGAUUUGGGCGGUGAUCACACCGGUGGAUACGGCGGGGGAUACGGCGGGGGAUAUGGCGGAGGUCAUGCCGGUUUUCAACCUUCUUACGGCUCAGAAGGUGGCGAGUAUCAUCAUUAAUUAAAAUUGUGUUUUUUUUUUAAAUUUGUAUUGUUAAAAUUGAAGACCAGAGAUUUUUAUGUGUGAUUUGUAUUUUCAUGCACCGAGGAUUGAAGCAGCGAGUACAGCUUCUCCAUCGAUCCCCCCCCCCCUGUCUCUCUUCUCUCAAUUAUGUAAUAUAAUCUGUAGAAAAAUGAUGUGUCAACACGCGGAGCUCCAAAGGAUGAAUUUUAUAUUUUUGUACUAUAAAUAAAAUUGAAUAAAGAAGAAUUAUUACCGAA